GGGUUAAGGAUUUUUAAGUUUCUGUAUGCACAUACCAAGACAACAUACUUUGAUGGGAAGUGAGAGCUGUUAACUCAGCCACAGUUUGCUUUCCUUGUUUUUGACAUCUGUGGCAUCAAAUGUGAUGAGGCAACAGAAGUGUCAGGACACAGACAGCUAUCCCCAAGUAAUGCUACUGAGCUGGACAUCCACCAGUCUUCUAUCUGAAAUAUCUAUAAAGGGGAGCACCCAACCUCUGAAGGCAUAUGGACAUUUUGUAUUUUUGUUACCAGUGGCACCCUUGCCCUGUCUGUUUUAUGAAGCAUAUGGCAAGAACCUCCUAUUCAGAGUGGUCCAUGCGAAAGAAAAAGAUGAGGAUAUCCUCGAACAAGCUGAUUACCUCUAUGGCACUGGAGAAACUGACAAACUUUAUAAACUGCUAAUUCAGUACAAAGACAGUGAUAAUGCUGAAUUUCUAUGGCGUCUGGCACGCACCACAAGGGACUUGAGCCAGAUGAGUAAAACAGUUGCAGAAGACAAGAAGAAACUAACAUAUGAGGCAUUUGAAUAUGCAAAAAAAGCACUGGAAGCCAAUGAAGCCUGUUUUGCAGCACAUAAGUGGUAUGCAAUUUGCAUUAGUGAUGUUGGUGACUAUGAAGGAGUCCGGAAAAAGAUUGGGAAUGCUUUUAUUGUGAAAGAUCAUUUACUGAGAGCUAUUGAAUUGAAUCCAAAAGACGCUACGUCAAUCCACAUCCUUGGACUGUGGUGCUUUGCAUUUGCAGAACUGCCCUGGUAUCAACGUAAAAUUGCUGCUGUGCUUUUUGCAACUCCUCCAACAUCUACAUUUGAAGAGGCCUUAACCUAUUUCCUGAAAGCAGAGGAUGUUGACUCUAACUUUUACAGUAAAAACUUACUGAUGCUUGGGAAGUCCUAUAUGAUGCUGAAUAACAAAAAUGAAGCCCUGUUUUGGAUUAAUAAAGCAAAAGAUUAUCCAGCACACACUGAAGAGGAUAAGCAGGUUCAAACUGAAGCAGCUGAUCUUCUGAAGAAACUCAGUGGUUAAAAGCGCGUUGUCAGAAUUGCCACAAACCAAACGACACACUGGACAUGUGCUGAGCUGGCAAAGGCCCAGGUUGAGUGCCAUCCAUUUUACAAACCCAAAGCGUCCGCUCUCUGCUGUACUGCAGUGGUCCACGAGGGGCCCGUAUAAACACCACGUACUUCUAUCCUCCUCUGUAAAGGAAAAAUACGAUAAUGAAAUGUUCAGUCGUCACUUGAUAAGCAAGCGGACGCAACGUCUGAGAAGUCUUAAUCUCUUUAUGAUAAACCCUGUGUGCAGACAGACCUCUCCUCACGGA